AUGGGUGAUAUUACAAACGUGCUGGAGGCAGAUAUCCCGCCGGUAACUCCGGAAACCAACCAACCAACAGAAAAUAUUCCCAUGUCGAAACGGCAACGGAAAAAGCUACUCAAAUUAGAGCAGUGGGAAAUCAAGAAAAAGGAAAAACGGUUAAAGGAAAAAGAGAAAAUGCGACAGCGAAAGCUCGAAGCAAUACGCAGUGGUCUUCCCGCUCGGAAUGGACCCAGCAGAAAGGAACUAAAACGAAACAAAGUUGAUUAUAGUAAGUCGGAUAUUACGAUAGUUGUCGAUCUUAGCUUCGAUGGAAUGAUGAUCGACAAGGAUGUAGCAAAAUGUGUAAAGCAACUGCUGAGAAUUUACACCAUGAACCGCAGGUCAGAAAUACCAAUCCCUUUGUACUUCACCGGUAUACAACCGGAGGGUGCAAUAGAGAAACAUCUUAAGCGAAACGACGGCUAUCAGCAUUGGGACGUGAAAUUUAGUGCGGAAUCAUUCGUAAAUUUAUUCGACAAACAAAAACUAAUUUAUUUGACCAGCGAAUCCGAUAACGUUUUAAAUGACCUCGAAAAGGGAUGCAUUUAUGUCAUCGGAGGAUUAGUUGAUCACAAUCAGCACAAAGGACAUUGUCUCACCCUGGCCAGCCAGUUGGGUAUCCGACACGCAAGGUUACCACUUAGUGAGCACAUUGUUAUAAAAACAAGAACCAUUCUUACGAUAAACCAAGUUUUCGAAAUACUAAUGAAGAUUCAAUUGGGGAAAAAAUGGCAGGAAACACUACUAGAGGUUUUACCAAAACGGAAAGGUGCAAAGCCGUUCGACUCGGAUCAGGGAAAGCAAAAAGAAGGUGAAAGUUCUCCCAUUUCCGAACCUAAUGAAUCGAAUGAACUUGUAGAUAACUAUGUAGGGUAG